AUGGAUCGACAACAUAGCUCUAUCCAGCAACAACCAAGGAUGUCAGCUGUUCUGCAGGAGACAAUAUCACAACUAAAGCAUUUGAUCAUAACCCAUAUUCAGCAGUUGAACUACGAUUCAGCCGAGUUCUUCUCCGAAUUGUUGUAUGCCGACUGCUCCUGCACCAACACCGGCAACAACACGGGUACCAUAGACGAGAGCCGCGAGCGGUUUGAUUCGUUGUACUAUUAUGCAUUGACGUUAUACUUGCAAGGGGACUACCACUCCUCCGUUCACGUGGUGAAGGACGCGCUUAGCAGCCACCUAGGCUGCGCGUACGUGUAUGCGCGGUGUUGUUUGAAGCUUGGGACGCGCUACCAGGAUGCCAUCCAGGCGCUCAUGGCGCUCCGAGACUGCUGGCAGAACGGUGUGACGAACUCCACGGACCUCUUCAUGUACCCGGACAAGGCGACGGUGCUGUCCGUGAUGGGACAGCUCUCGUUGAAGUCGCACCGGGAAAAGGAGGCAGUGAGCUUUCUUUCGCAGUCUUUGUCGACCAACAGCUACCAGUUGGAACCGCUCUCCAUUCUCUUUGAGAUGCGCGCGGACCUUCAGACGGUGAAGUUGUUCAAGCCCGUCAAGAAGUCGUGGAAGGCGAAACACUUGCGGACCGCAAAUAUCAUCUCCAAGCCGCAGACUCCGUUCAAGAUACCGUCGCGGUUAUCCACCUCUGCUGUUGGGGCAGCACCCAAUCCACUCCUCUCAACCUCCAGUGCCAUAGUAUCAACCUCCCCAUCCAUGAUGAGACGGUCCAAAUUUUUAAAUUCAAAUAGCAAUGCCAGCAACGCUACGUCGAACAUCAAUAACAAUAACAAUGUUAAUAAUAAUGGCCAGCAAUCUACGCCACCGUCAAAACUACUGAAUAUUGAACAUAAUAAAACUACCCCCGACGACAAGCUGUCGCCGUCACAAAUGCAACUACUAUCACAUAAUCCUCUCCCCCACAAACCGUUAGACCAAUUAAUGUACUGGAUGAUGAAAGCAUACAAGUCCUACUAUCGUUAUGAUUCAUAUAGAGCUAUUCGCCUUCUCAACGAGCAGCUCCCCUCCCAUAUUUUGCAGAAUAUGCCUUGGUGUUUAGCACUUCUAUCAAGGCUACACUUUGAAAUUCAAAACCAUGACAUGUCUCUGUCAUAUUUUAAUAAGCUUCGUCGGUUGCAACCAACUAGGCUUAAGGACAUGGAUGUUUAUUCGACCCUCUUAUGGCAUCUACACGAUAAGAUCCGCCUAGCCGAUCUUUGCCAUGAACUAAUGGCCCAAGAUGACAAAAACUGCAUUACAUGGUGCUGUCUAGGGAAUUUGUUUUCCCUAAAUCGCGACCAUGAUGAAGCCAUCAAAGCACUAAAAAAAGCCACUAGCCUCAACCCACAGUUUGCAUAUGCAUACACUUUACAAGGACAUGAGUAUUCCAAUAAUGAUGCUUUCGAUAAUGCCAAAAUGUGCUAUCGGAAGGCGUUGGCUAUCAACCCCAACCACUAUAAUGCUCACUACGGUUUAGGCAUGUCUUGUAUCAAACUAGGACAGUAUGAUGAAGCCUUACUUCAUUUUGAAAAGGCGCGUUCAAUCAACCCAGUUAAUGUUAUUCUGAAUUGCUGCUGCGGAGUUGCGCUAGAAAGGUUAGGACGCCGCGAGAAAGCCCUUGAUUUUUACCAAUUGGCAUGCGAAUUGCAACCGAAUUCAUCAUUGGCGUUGUUCAAGAAAUCACAGUUGUUAUUCAAUUUGGGGCAGUAUAGUAACGCAUUACAGAAUUUUGAAAAACUAGAACAAUUGACUCCUAACGAAGCUCCUGUUCAUUUCUUAUUGGGACAAUUAUAUCAAAUAGUUGGUAGGAAAAAAGACGCUAUAACACAAUUCACAAUUGCUAUGAACUUGGAUCCAAAUGGUAUCCAGUUGGUGAAAGAGGCGUUAGAGAAAUGCCAUGAACAAGGUUGA